AUGAACAAAACCCUCUAUAAAACAUGGCUUUACACUGUCAACAAUCUUGAACUUCUUGUGUACAAGAUACUUAUGCUACCCAUCGGCAUCGUUGUGCUGAUCGUCACCCUCCCAUACUCGCUCUACUAUAAGACCUCGAAUUACGGCAUACAAGCAAACGAUAUGCCGCCCGUGCAGCUCUAUCUUGACCACUUCCAGUAUCUACACCCCGACCUUAUAUGGGGGCUUCAACAGACCAUCGAGCGACUGCGACUCUUAACAAGAAAAGACCCGAUCCCACUCCAGCGUAUGGCCUUUUGGCCAUAUAAAUAUGACAAAAAUACAGAUCAGACAGAAUAUACCUCCGCUGCAGUGCUAUUCGCCGUCCUCGAGGAUGCAGGCUGGCCGAGGCCGAUAGUCUGGACUUUUCUGCGGGAUGAGGUGGAGAAGAAAUCUGUGGAUCUGGGACUAAACGACGCCCAAAGGGCCCAAUUUACACGUGUGAUGCAGAAAAUCAACAGUCAUAAUUUGGCUGAUUGGGCCACGAUGCUGACGGACAAGGUCUUGGGUAGGAGGAUGAAUAAGAAAAUUAGGGAGAUGGUGCUUAAUUUGGAGCCGUUGACUGAUCUGCACGAUGUGAUCCCUAUAUCGCUGAACUCGCUGGACUGGGUGCUGCGACGUGGGUGUGUUGUCACCCCAAGCCUGGAUAAUGCGUGGGAGUCAUACGAGCGAUUGUCUCGCUUGUCGAAGUUUUCGGGUGUUUGGGGGUGUGUCGGCGAGGGCAGGACUCUGGAGGAGGCGAUAGGUAAACAUUGGCAGAUUUUGGAUAACAGGUUAAAGACGCCUUGGGAUGAGUGA